UGAGAAGUAUGUCGACAUCUGCCAUUACAUUUCUCCAGGUUGUUGAAGCUAUAUUUUCUGGACAGUUACAGUGAUAUGGGCAUAACAACUGGAUCCAUCCACCACCCGACUCAACUGGUCGAAGGUGUAUCUUAUAGUUCUGAGAUUGGCCCCAAAGCAUACUUGAAAAGGAUAACCAAGACCAGACAAGAUGGAGAAGCUCAACCUCACCAACUACUCCAACCUCGGCUCAGACAAUGAAAGCAGCAGUCUCUUCUCUGGGAGUCCCUAUAAGACGGUAGAGAUCGUUCUCAUCAUCCUGGUGGCCGGGUCACUCAGCCUCGUCACCAUCAUUGGCAACAUCCUGGUUAUGCUCUCCAUAAAGGUCAAUAGGAACCUCCAGACUGUCAACAACUAUUUCCUGUUCAGCCUAGCCUGUGCUGACCUCAUUAUUGGCCUGUGCUCCAUGAACCUCUACACUGUCUACAUUGUGAUUGGACACUGGCCCUUAGGCCCGGUCGUGUGCGACCUGUGGUUGUCCAUUGAUUACGUGGUCAGCAACGCCUCAGUUAUGAACCUCCUCAUCAUUAGCUUUGACCGCUACUUCUGCAUCACCAAGCCUCUCAGCUAUCCGGUGCGCCGCAGCACCAUGAUGGCGGGGAUGAUGAUUGCGGCGGCCUGGGUGCUGUCAUUCGUACUAUGGGCUCCUGCCAUCUUGUUCUGGCAGUUCUUCGCGGGUGGGCGGACAGUGCCGCCUGGCGAGUGCUACAUCCAGUUCUUCUCCAACGCAACAGUGACGUUUGGCACGGCCAUCGCUGCCUUCUACCUGCCUGUGGCCAUCAUGAUCAGUCUCUACUGGCGCAUAUCCAAGGCCAGUCGCAGCCGGGUACGGAGGAACAGCAGGAAACCUUCAGGGAAUAGCCUGGGAGAAGGCCCAUCGCAGAGCCAGGAGGAUGGGUGCAGGGCCCAGCCCAAUGACUGCACUGUGACUGGGGAGCAGGAGGAGGAGGAGGGUGGGGAUGGAGAGAAGGUCGGGGAAGGGGUCCAGCAGCAGAAUGACAGGGAGCCCUGCAGAGGGGAAGGGCCAGACAGAGAUAGCUCUACCACAACAGUCAGCAACCUUGCCUCGUCAUCCAAUCAAAAGAAAGAGCCUGGCCUAUCACAGAAGGGGUCAAACGGUGAGGCCAAAUCCAGCCAGACGCGGUGUUGCUAUCAGAACCAGGCCAAAGGCUGUGGGCCCAAACUCUCCUGUAUCAGAAGCAAGUCCCGGCCUGAGGGAGAGACAUACAAAGCCACGCACAGCAACACAGAUUCCACCCCUGCAACAGAGAAACACAGCCUGGUGACACGGACGCUGUUAAAGGUGACAAAGACGAACUCCAAGCAGAGCCCCAAGAGGAAGACGAAGAAGAAAAAGGGCCCUCCGUCCCGGGAGAAGAAGGUGACACGCACCAUCAUGGCCAUUCUGGUGGCGUUCGUGGCUACGUGGACACCUUACAAUGUGAUGGUGCUCAUCAACACCUUCUGCUCCAGCUGCAUCCCCAACUCGCUGUGGACCAUUGGCUACUGGCUGUGCUACAUCAACAGUACCGUCAACCCGGCCUGCUACGCCCUGUGCAACACCACCUUCAAGAACACCUUCAGACAGCUGCUGCUCUGCCAGUACAGGAACAUACGCACGAUGAGGUCAUGAGGACCAGGGGGUCAGGGGUCAUGGCUGCGAAGCUGCUGUCUUGAUUCACUCAGAUACUCACAGAUCUGAUAGGACUGGAUAGGUGAAAGUAGGUGAAGCUAUUGUUUAGACAUACCCAGUCAUCUUUGAUCUGUGCAGAGGCUGAACCAGAGCAGAAGGAGAGGGGAGACAACUUCUUAGAAUGAAAUGCAGCUCAGAUGUGUAUCUAUCUAUGUUGGUUGUGGUUUUAUACGAGUAGGUUCCAAAUUAGACUGCUAUUCUCAUGAAACGUUUGGUUUCAACAUGGUGGCUAAACUCGGUUUACAUAAUGGCUGUCUGUUAUGUUUUGGGUAUGUGACAUGUCUACUCUAUGGUAUGAAUUUGCAUAUCUCGGGUAUGUCUGGGUGAUUCUGUCUGAUGUCUUGUGAUUGCUUGUUGUCCAGUGCUUGUUUGAUAAACAGGUGCAGUGGCAGAGGUUUGCUCAGAGCUGUUACUGCACUGUUCAGACAAGGUUUGUUUGUUGAUAUACUAUGACACAUGGUUAUAGAUGUUCCCCUAUGUACAGUUGAAGUCAGAAGUUCACAUACACCUUAGCCAAAUGCAUUUAAACUCAGUUUUCACAAUUCCUGACAUUUAAUCCUAGUAAAAAUUCCCCAUUUUAGGUCAGUUAGGAUCACCACUUUAUUUUAAGAAUGUGAAAUGUCAGAAUAAUAGUAGAGAGAAUGAUUUAUUUCAGCUUUUAUUUCUUUCAUCACAUUCCCAGUGGGUCAGAAGUUUACAUACACACAAUUAGUAUUUGGUAGCAUUGUCUUUUAACUUGGAUCAAACUUUUCAGGUAGCCUUCCACAAGCUUCCCACAAUAAAUUGGGUGGAUUAUGGCCCAUUCCUCCUAGGAGACAGAAUGCGUCUUCUUCCUGAGCGGUAUGAUGGCUACGUGUUCCCAUGGUGUUUAUAAUUGCGUACUAUUGUUUGUACAGAUAAACAAGGUACCUUCAGGCGUUUGGAAAUUGCUCCCAAGGAUGAACCAGACUUGUGGAGGUCUACAAUUGUUUUUCUGAGGUCUUGGCUGAUUUCUUUUGAUUUUCCCACGAUAUCAAGCAAAGAGGCACUGAGUUUGAAGGUAGGCCUUUAAAUAGAUCCACAGGUACAGCUCCAAUUGACUCAAAUGAUUUCAAUUAGCCUAUAAGAAGCUUCUAAAGCCAUGAAAUAAUUUUCUGGAAUUUUCCAAGCUGUUUAAAGGCACAGUCAACUUAGUGUAUAUAAACCUUUGACCCACUGGAAUUGUGAUACAGUGAAUUAUAAGUGAAAUAAUCUGUCUGUAAACAAUUGUAGGAAAAAUUACGUGUGUCACGCACAAAGUAGAUGUCCUAACCGACUUGCCAAAACUAUAGUUUGUUAACAAGAAAUUUGUGGAGUGAAAAUUUGUGGAGUUGAAAAACGGGUUUUAAUGACUCCAACCUAAGUGUAUGUAAACUUCCGACUCCAACUGUAAGUAUAAAUGAGGUUUAGAUUGUUAAAAAAAGAUGUGUAAGUAUUCUGAGAAACAACAUAAAAACACUAGUACUGUUGAUAUAUCUAGGAGAAGAAGAAGAAGAGGGAAGAGAGAGAAGAGAGGAAAAAGACUGAGAAUUUCCUGCACAGCCAAAACCAACAGAUUCAGAGAAACAUAAGACUACGAAUACACCUGUAAAUAUACAGUACCAGUCAAAAGUUUGGACACACCUACUCAUUCAAGGAUUUUAUUUGUACUAUUUUCUACAUUGUAGAAUAAUCGUGAAGACAUAACAACUAUGAAAUUACACAUGGAAUCAUGUAGUAACCAAUUAAGUGUUCAACAUUUUAUAUUAGAGAUUCUUCAAAGUAGCCACCCUUUGCCUUGAUGACAGCUUUGCACACUCUUGAAAUUCUCUCAACUAGCUUCACCUGGAAUGCUUUUCCAACACUGCGGUUCGACUCAUCCAAAACCAUCUCAAUUGGGUUGAGGUCGGGUGAUUAUGGAGGUCAGGUCUCUCCUUCUUGGUCAAAUAGCCAUUACACAGCCUGGAGGUGUGUUUGGGGUCAUUGUCCUGUUGAAAAACAAAUGAUAGUCCCACUAGGCGCAAACCAGAUGGGAUGGCAUAUUGCUGCAGAAUGCUGUGGUAGCCAUGCUGGUUAAGUGUGCCUUGAAAUUCUAAAUAAAUCCCUGACAGUGUCACCAGCAAAUCACCCCCACACCAUCACACAUCCUCCUCCAUGCUUCAUGGUGGGAACCACACAUGUGGAGAUCAUCCAUUCACCUACUCUGCGUUUCACAAAGACACGGCGGUUGGAACCAAAAAUCUCAAAUUUGGACUCAUCAGACCAAUGGUCAGAUAUCCACCGGUCUAAUGUCCAUUGUGCAUGUUUUUUGGCCCAAAAAAGUAUCUUCUUCUUAUUGGUGUCCUUUAGUAGUGGUUUCCUUGCAGCAUUUCAACAAUUAAGGCCUGAUUCACACAGUCUCCUCUGAACAGUUGAUGUUGAGAUGUGUCUGUUACUUGUGAGGCAUUUAUUUGGGCUGCAAUCUGAGGUGCAUUCGAAUGAACUUAUCCUAUGCAGCAGAGGUAACUCUGGGUCUUCCUUUCCUGUGGCGGUCCUCAUGAGAGUCAGUUUCAUCAUAGGGCUUGAUGGUUUUUGUGACUGCACUUGAAGAAACUUUUAGUUCUUCAAAUUUUCUGGAUUGACUGACCUUCAUGUCUUAAAGUAAUGAUGGACUGUCAUUUCUCUUUGCUUAUUUGAGCUGUUCUUGCCAUAUUAUGGACUUGGUCUUUUACCAAAUAGGGCUAUUUAUAAAUAAAUAGGGCUCUAAUAUAAAAUAUAUUUUGAUUUGUUUAACACAUUUCUGGUUACCACAUGAUUCCAUAUUGGUUAUUUCAUAGUUUUUAUAUCUUCAUUAUUAUUCUACAAUGUAGAAAAUAGGAUAAAAAAAUUUAAAAAACUGGAAUGAGUAGGCGUGUCCAAACUUAUGACUGGUACUGUAUGUAACUACACUGUACGUCGACAACCCUUCAAAUUAGUGGAUUCGGCUAUUUCAGCAACACCCAUUGCUGACCGGUAUACAAAAUCGAGGACACGGCCAUGCAAUCUCCAUAGACAAACAUUGGCAGUAGAAUGGCCUUACUGAAGAGCUCAGUGACUUUCAACGUCAGUUUGUCAAACUUCUGCCCUGCUAGAGCUGCCCAGGUCAACUGUAAGUGCUGCUAUUGUGAAGUGGAAUUGUCUAGGAGCAACAACAGCUCAGAUGGGACCGCCGAGUGCUGAAGCACGUCAAAAUCAUCUGUCCUUGGUUGCAAAACUCACUACCGAGUUCCAAACUGCCUCUGGAAGCAAUGUCAGCACAAAAACUGUUCGUCUGGAACUUCAUGAAAUGGGUUUCCAUGGCCCACCAGCCACACACAAGCCUAAGAUCAUCAUGGGCAAUGCCAAGUGUCGGCUGGAGUGAUGAAUCACGCUUCACCAUCUGGCAGUCCGACGGACGAAUUUGGUUUUGGCGGAUGCCAAGAGAACGCUACCUCCCCAAAUGUAUAGUGCCGAUUGUAAAGUUUGGUGGAGGAGGAAUCGUAGUCUGGUGCUGUUUUUCAUGGCUCAGGCUAGGCCCCAUAGUUCCAGUGAAUGGAAAUAUUAACGCUACAGCAUACAAUGACAUUCUAGAUGAUUCUGUGCUUCCAACUUUGUGGCAAUAGUUUGGGGAAGGCUCUCUUCCUGUUUCAGCUUGACAACAUCCUGUGCACAAAGCGAGUUCCAUAUAGAAAUGGUUUGUCGAGAUCGGUCUGGACCUCACUAAUACUCUUGUGGCUGAAUGGAAGACGGUCCCGGCAGGAAUGAUCCAUCAUCUAGUGGAAUGUCUUCCCAGAGUAGUGGAGGCAGCUACAUAUUAAUGCCCAUGAUAUGUCAAUGAGAUGUUCGAAGAGCAGAUGUCCACAUACUUCUGGUCAUGUUGUGUAUCAGUGAGUGAGUCUGCGCACAUCGUGCUUCUGCACAUGUACAGGGCCUUCAGAAAGUAUUCACAGCCCUUUACGUUAUCCACCUUUUGUUGUGUUACAGCUUGAAUUUAAAAUUGGAUAAUACGAGAUUUUGUUCCACUUGCCUACACACAAUACCCCAUAAUGUCAAAGUGGACUGUUUUUAGAAAUGUUUACAAAUUAAUACAAAUGAAUUUUGUCAGUUAGUAUUCAACCGAUUUCUUAUGACAAGCCUAAAUAAAAAUGUGCUUAACAAGUCACA